AUGUACUCGGCUGCUGCCGCCGCCGCCUCGCCGCCGCGACGGGACUUCAUCUCCGUCACCCUCAGCCCGGAGGAGGCGGUGGGGGCCGGCGGCUACAAUAACAGCAAGGCCUGGAGGCGGCGCUCCUGCUGGAGGAAAUGGAAGCAGCUGUCUCGACUACAGCGGAGUAUAAUUCUCUUCCUGUUUGCCUUCUUGGCAGUCUGUGGAGUCAUUUCAUACACAAGCAUGGGGGAACCGUGGAAAAGUCUAACAAACAAAUCGUUGGAUGAUCAGAGAACAGAACCAGAAAUUCCUGGAUUAAAGCUGGCAAAUCCGGCCGUUCUGCCAGCACCCCAGAAAGCAGAUGCCAACCUUGGAGACUACCCAGAGCUUUCACCGCAGAAGCCGCCAAAACCGCCUCAUGUUCGGCGUGGUCCUUCCAAUCUUCAGAUCAAGCCACCACGGAGGGAUGUGAGGCUGAAGAACCGACAUGAUACCAGCAGGGUUGUAGAAGAGCCGGUCCAGGCUGAUAAAGAAGAGAAAACGGAGAAAUCAGUUAUCAGCUGGAGAGGAGCAGUGAUAGAACCUGACCAAAGCACUGAACCUCCGUCUAGUAAAAUAAAGGAACCAGAAAAACCUUCAUCUGUGGAAGCUGAAGACCAGAAAGAACCAGUGCCCAUAAACGAACGUCAGAUAGCUGUGAUAGAAGCAUUCCGCCAUGCAUGGAAAGGAUACAAGGAUUUUGCCUGGGGCCAUGAUGAGCUGAAGCCUUUGUCCAAGUCCUACAGCGAGUGGUUUGGACUUGGGCUUACCUUAAUUGACGCCUUGGAUACCAUGUGGAUUUUAGGCUUAAAAGAAGAGUUUGAAGAAGCAAGAAAAUGGGUAGCAAAUGAUUUAGUAUUUGAUAAAAAUGUGGAUGUGAACCUCUUUGAGAGCACUAUCCGUAUCCUGGGGGGCUUGCUGAGCACCUACCAUCUCUCUGGAGAUAGCCUCUUCCUGGAAAAAGCUAAAGACAUUGGGAACAGGCUUAUGCCAGCAUUCAAGACCCCCUCCAAGAUACCAUAUUCUGAUGUCAACAUUGGCCGGGGCACUGCACAUCCACCUCGUUGGACAUCCGACAGCACUGUGGCAGAGGUGACCAGUAUUCAGCUGGAGUUUAGGGAGCUCUCUCGUCUCACUGGAGAUGAGAAAUUCCAGAAAGCUGUAGAUGAGGUGAUGAAGCAUGUUCACACCCUCUCAGGGAAAAAUGAUGGACUAGUGCCUAUGUUCAUAAACACCAAUAGCGGGCAGUUCACUCACUUGGGUGUUUAUACUCUGGGAGCCAGAGCUGACAGCUACUAUGAGUAUUUGCUCAAACAAUGGAUUCAGGGUGGGAAAAAAGAAAACGAACUGUUGGAAGACUACAUGAGAGCCAUAGAAGGAGUGAAAAAGCAUCUUCUUCAGAGAUCACAACCCAAGAAGCUUACUUUUGUAGGAGAGCUUGCUCAUGGCCAUUUCAGUGCCAAGAUGGAUCACUUGGUUUGCUUUUUGCCUGGUACUUUGGCACUGGGAGCUCACAAUGGAUUGACUGCUGAUCAUAUGAAAUUGGCUGAAGCCCUUAUAGAAACCUGUUAUCAGAUGUACGCUCAAGUAGAGACAGGGCUGAGUCCGGAGAUCGUACACUUCAACCUUCAUGCACAAAAGGGCCACAAAGAUGUGGAAAUCAAGCCUGCAGACAGGCACAACUUACUGCGACCAGAAACUGUGGAAAGCCUUUUUUAUAUGUACAGAUUCACCGGUGAUAAGAAAUACCAAGACUGGGGCUGGGAAAUCUUGCAGAACUUCAAUAAAUACACACGGGUUCCUACAGGUGGUUAUACUUCCAUUAACAACGUCCAGAAUCCCAGUAAUCCAGAGCCACGAGAUAAGAUGGAGAGCUUCUUCCUUGGGGAAACACUCAAAUACAUGUUUCUGCUGUUCUCAGACGACAUAGACUUAAUCAACCUUGACAAAUAUGUAUUUAACACAGAAGCUCAUCCACUCCCUAUCUGGGUGCCAGCAUAGACUGGGUGUCAGUAGACCUUCCGAUGGUGGCAUUUUUAUCUUCAAGUCACUUUACUUUUCAGGGUUUGAGGAGAGAUGCUAUAUUGCACCUUUUUUGGCUUAAAACAAACAAACAAAACCUUUGGGAAAGCAUCUCUGGUUUGGAGAAGUCAUGUCAGUCUUAAGUCUAAUCCCUCGUUCUGGGAUGGACAAGCUGUGCCAUAGUAAGCUGGUUUUCCUGGUAUUGAUGAUGAGGUUCAGAGAAUAAUUGUAGUGUGGACCAUGACAUUCAUGGGGCUCUGGUGAACCAGAACUCACUUAUGUCAGUCUUAACUAAACGCUCAUUAAAUACCGGGAAUGCAGCAAGUUGUCUUACAGCACAGGAUUGUCCCUGGAGAGAAGGAAUAAGCCUACAGGUUUCUGGUUUAUUCUGGAUUCACUGAAACACUCAGUUACAGCGCCAUUCCUUCAUAAGAACAUACAGUGUUUCAGGUGGUAAGUGGAAUAAACAAAGAACUGUAACGUUGUCCCAUGUAGAACCAAUGCUGUCAGUAUUGCUGCUGAUACUCUGAUCUCAUUCCAAACUACCGAGCUAUGCUGCAUCACGUUAGAAGAAGGAAGUGGCAGCAAAGCAUCUGUUGUACAGUGUCUUCGUUUUAUAGAGCACUUUGAACAAUCUGUUCAAGCUGUGGCUGAAAUGAACGAUGGAAGAGAAUUUGCUGCUGGUUUGGCUCAAAGUGGUAUAUAAUUUUGUAGAGGUAUUGCAGUUUUUUAACUUAUCUGCAGGAAUGCAGGAGAUAAUGUGAAACGCAAGUGAAACUACACGUGCAUUUUAUAUAUUAUUUGCAUCAGUUAGACUCAGGUAUUCUGACUGAAAGCUGCUUUCUGAGGUUGGGCACUGGGAAAGCUUGUGAGCACAUUAGGUAUAAUUCUAAGUCAGCCUCCUUCCGUCCCUUCCUGUCCAGAUAUCGCAUUGUAAGGUGUUUGUUGACUCAGAACAAGCUUACAACUGUACAGCAAAGUUCAUGUUAUUCAUCUUUUUUUGGACUGUGGAGAAAUUUUCAAUUUUUUUUUUUCCUUUGGACUACUUUGGGUAGAAGUAUUUUCAUUAGCAGUAUUAAAAGCAGACAGUCUAAAUGUAUUACAAUUCCUGGUCCCAAUAGAAUUAGUGAAAUCUGUUCAGUUGCUUGAAGGCAAAGCAGACACAGGUGUUUUUUUAAGAAUCUUACGGGAGCCCUGAGAUCUUUCAUUUUUAUAUGUGCAAAUAGAUUUUAAACCAUGAAUUUGGAAAUCAGCUUCCUAUAGUGCUUUUCCUUUUGGUUUUGUAGCUGCUUGGACAGUCCUGUAUUCACAGAUAGGUUCUCAGAAAUGUGCUUGUUCAUAUUUCUUAAAGAGGUUGUUCUCACCAAAAUGUCCUUUCCCCUCACAUUAACGGGAGCGGUGGGAAGUACGCAGGUGCGUGGUAGCGACAGUGAGGUACAGUCCCCUCUAAAUCUAGGGCUGUUAAGCAGAACUAAUUAAAUCUGACUGUAAUGGUUAAUUUUCCAGGGGCUGAGGGGAGUAUGUGUAUUUUAUAGUAUUUGUAACCUUUGAUUUGUAAAGAAAGAUGCAUCUUUAUUUGUUUUAUGCUGAUCAAUUCUGUUUGCUGGAGUCAGAAGUUACCCUUGGGACCACUACUUAAGUCUUAAAGAAUAUUUAUCAUUCCAUGUACUAAUGAUGGCUUAUGGAAAUGGAAAAUUUUUUACAAAUUAUUUAAAUGCACCUUCUUCUGUCAGCAAAGGGACCCUGGGAUUUGCAAGACAUGACAAGUUUGUGCAGAAUGUUAAUGUUCCUCCAGUUCACAUGCCACCAGUAACCCUGGAAAUUAGUUUCUCGCUUAUGUGUGCAGUGGAAUCCAGUAGCUGUAGCCUUUGUCUGCACACCUGAUUUGCUCCUAAGACUUUUCUUUUCUUUGACAUAACAGCGAAGAAGGAAAAUGCUGUUGAAAUGUGGGAGGAAACACCAUCAGUGUUUUUGUUUGUGGAGCACGUUCGUGUUUCCGAGGAGCUGAGCUUUGGCUAAAAGCUGAAGGCUUAAAA